GCCACUUGUUAUAAGCUUGUCUUCUUUUGUAGUCUUCCCCUCUAUAAAAAGUAAACUCCAUAAAAUUCCAACAACUCAUUUAGUUCUAGGCUUCUAGCUGCAUUCUUGCUAUUCCUUUUAAAUAAUAUGGGACUUGUUCCAUGUCCCUUGCCCUGUCACACAAGCACAGAAAGUAAUGAAGAAUCUUCAGCCUCCAACUCCACCUCCAGUCUUCUCUCUGAGUCUUCAACCUUCUCCUCUCUGUCCUCCCAGCCAAGUCUCCCUUCUGUUCCUUCUCUCACCCCAUCAAAAUCCAACCAAUUAGUAGUACUACGAUCCCCAAGUGUUCAUCACUGCUGCAUGGCCACCCUCCAAUCCCAGUCCUACAUCUGUACUCUAGCCCUAUCUGGAAACUUCCUAUACAGUGGCUCAUCCGACGGUCAGAUUUCAGCAUGGAGUAGUACCCUAUCACGCCCUUCAAAUCCACAAUACAACAAGGUGGUAGCCACCGUCGCCACUCCCAGCACCGUCAAGUUUCUGGUGGUUGUUGGAAGUGGGGACGACCGCAACAAGCUCUUAUUCAGCGCUCACCAAGACCAUAAAAUCCGAGUCUGGAAAACCAACACGACCGACACGUAUGAAAAGCUAAAAUGUAUAGCCACACUCCCAACUCUAAAAGACCGUGUCACAAGAUUCUUACGUUCCAAGAACUACGUGCAAAUCCGGCUCCACAAGAACGGCACCUGGGAGCAUCACAUCGACACCGUCUCCGCUCUAGCGAUAUCCAACGACGGGUCGUUUCUCUACUCCGCUUCAUGGGACCGGGCGCUCAAAAUAUGGCGGACUUCCGACUUUAAAUGCUUGGACUCGGUUAGUAACGCCCACGACGACGCCAUCAACGCCGUAAUUUUGUCAAGUGACGGAGCUUUUGUGUACACCGGCUCGGCGGAUAAGAAGAUAAAGGUGUGGACGUGGAGGAAAGACAAGUCAAUAUCCGUAAAGCUUGUUGGAACCCUAGAGAAGCAUAAGUCGGCUGUGAAUGCCUUGGCUUUUAGCACCGACGGGUCCGUGCUGUACUCUGGCGCCUGCGACCGGUCGGUUUUGGUUUGGGAAAGAGAUGGUGGUGCGGACGGCGGCGGUGGGGACAUGGUGGUGGUGGGUGCGUUGAGGGGACACACAAAGGCGGUGUUGUGUUUGGCGGUGGCGGCGGAUUUGGUGUGCAGUGGAUCUGCUGAUUAUAGUGUUAGGGUUUGGAGGAGAUUAUCGUCAGGGCCAGUUGGCGGUGAUCUAAAUAGGAGUUAUUGCUGUCUGGCUGUAUUGGAAGGUCACAAGCGGCCGGUGAAGUGUUUGACGGCAGCUCUUGAUAAUAGUGAUUCUGAUCAUUCUGGUGAUUCUUAUUUUGUUUAUAGUGGCAGCUUGGAUUGUGAUAUUAAGGUCUGGCAAAUUCGGGUUCCCUUUUCAUAAUUUGGUUGGACUUUACAUACAAUAUUGGUAAUGUUAGGAAUACAAUCUAUUUAAAUUAUAUUUUAUAAAUUAUAUGACAUGAUUGUUGA